GCCGCUCGUCUCCGUUCACAAGCCAACAUAGCACAACGAGGCUGGAAUUCUUCCUUCUKAAACCACUUCCCCGUGACGGAAAAACACUCAUCGWCAACUGGAAUUYAUUUGCUGACACGGGCCAUCGAAACAGCUCAAUGACUCUGAACUGACAAUCAAACAUACAGCAUUCAUGGGUUUCGUUUAGGACUAUGUAUUGUGUAGUCGUCACGAUAAGUAUUUCAGUUUCGUUCGCCUCUUUGAUGGCGGAGAUAUCUAACUGACUUCUGCCUUUUUCGUCGCAAGAAAAGCCAUUGUUGGAACUUCAAAAUGCAGUUGGCUAUAUUCUGGAUCUACGCUCUUGUUUUAUUCAUAAAUAUAAGACUUGGAGCUCUGGAAGUUCAAGCGAAUGCAACGUCUUUCAUCGCAUCACCGAUAUCGAAACCCUCGCCCACUGACGUCAGCACUAUGGAGAUUACGUCAUCACACGUGACUUUGUCAAGAUCUUCGUCUUCACCCUAUACAGCCUCGAUUGAAGCGAACGCGAGCGCUAUUUCACCAACAGACUCUGCCAAAAACGUUUCAACUUUAAUUUUGCAAUCAAACAAUAGCGUAACAUCUGUGGUUGCUACUACUAGCGUGACGUCUGCUCAAGCCAAUGAAAGUGUCACAUCAACACAGAUGUUUAAUAGGAGCGUGACUAUCAAUACCACUUAUGUCGUUCAAUCAACAGCUGUGACUCCAACAUUGAUAGCAGCGCCUACCUUGUCUUUGAGUACUUCAUACAGUACCAUGACCACUAACGUGACAAAAUCAGAACCAUCGAGCGUUACUCCAGACAUGACAACAUCAGAAUCACCUGGCGUUACUCCAGGUGUGACCAUAUCAGAACCAUCUAGAGUUACUCCYAGCGUUACACCAACAAACGUAACGCUUUCCACUGUUUCUUUGAACAUCACAACAACCAUUCCUCCUACAACAGCUCAACUGCAAGCGCCUAACAUCGAAAGCCCCUCACAAAAAGUCGUUGAAUUGGAAAAGGGCAAAAUGCUGAAUUUAAGUUGUAAGGCCACAGGUAACCCAAAGCCUACCAUCAGCUGGGAGAAAGAUAACAACGCUAUCAARAAUGGUUCGCUGUUGGUCAUUAAAAACAUCAGACCGAGUGAUGAUGGGAAGUACACGUGCAUGGCCAAGAACACGAUAGGAGAUGACAAAAUAACKAUAGACGUUAAAGUUCUGUGUAAGAAAAUCAACCACUUUGAUUGUGUUCAAUGUCUUCUUUAGACUUUAAUUCCUUUU